GUUAAUGUGGCUCCCCCAUUUCCUACUUCUCGGCAAGAAAGGUCCCAGCUUGAGCUGGUGAAAGUGAUUUGUGUUUUAUUUAAGUUGUGAAGAGUAGAUGGUGAAUUCUCAUAAAGAAAGAUAUGGAGCAACAGACGUACAGCAAGGAAGCAUUUCCAGAAGCAGGAGGUCUCAGAAGACUAACAUGGAGAGAUACUGCAUUCUGUAGCUCUCAACUGGUCACUGUUGGUGAAGAACAAUCCCAGCUCGUGAAGAAAACUCAACAUGGAACAGGUAUAGUUUCUGAAGAGGAAGCAAAGAUUCGUGACGAACUCGAGAUAGACAUAGAGAGGGAUUUGGAGGCCGAAAUAAAAGAUGAUAUAUGGCAGCUUGCUCUGCGAUUGAAUCAACUAUAUCGGAAACAAAGCGAUCGAAUUUCAACUCAGCUCGUGGAUUCAAUACCACAUGUUUUACUCAAGGAGAAAACCCCAGUUUUCUCUGAGGUUGAGCUAAUUAUCAAAAUGAUAGGAGGAUCCACAGUGGAGAUGAUAGAGAGAAAGAAGGAAGUUUCCCACCUUAGUUCAGGGGUGAACCAUAACAAUUGCAGGCCAAAAAACAAGGUGGAUACCAAACCAAGAACAACGGCAAUUUCUAGUGAGAGGAACUUUGAUUGGGCCAAAAGUCUCAGAAAGGGCACACCCUCUCAGCCAAUGAAGAGGAACAUUGUCCAUGAUUGUGCCGGCCCGAGAAUUAACAGGAGCAUAGUGGCUUACACUUCCAUGACUAAUGGAAGAGAGAGCAUCCUUUACAAGAAACAGAUCUUGGGUUCCUCUAUUGAUGAAAAAGAGAGAAACGGAAACAUGGGAAAAGGACUAAGUAAACAUGGAAACAUCAACUAUGCUCCUCAUUUAGGAUGGAAAAAUUAACAAAAAGUUCAGGUAUCUUAAAAAUAAGCUGAGAAUAAUAAGGCUUAUGUUGAAGCCGUGGGACUAUUUGUUGAGCAGUUUGUUUGGUUGAUUAACAUCGUGGUAAUGUCAGUUGGAGUGAAAUAAUGUAUGGUUAGUGAUACUGAUUUGUAAAAGAUAUUCAAGAUUAGU